AAUUCCCAAUGCAAAAAUUAGAAUUUUUACGUAUGAAAGCAAAUAAGUGUUGAUUCGAGUUGGAAAAAAGUUGAGAUUGGGGAAAGUGACCGACAGGGGAAGAAGAUCUGGGCAAUGAGAUGAGAAUAGGGAAAGCAACGAGCAGCAGCACCACCAAGUUGAUCUUUCUUUGUGUGGCCCUGUUGGGAACCUUUCUUCUUGUAGAUCUACUCUGGGCCUCCUCCUCUUCUUCUUCCUCCUCCUCCUUCAAUUGGCCACUCCCAGCAUCCAAUGUUCUCAUCUUUCCUAAUCAGACGGUAACAAACAGUAACAAAAAAGGAGAUGCCAGGAUUUUAUCAGCUACCUUUGCCGAUUUUCCUGCCCCACAAUUGAACUGGGAGAAGAUGGCAACAUCACCUGUCCCUCGUCUUGAUGGUGCUGCUCUCCAGAUCAACGACCUUCUUUUCGUAUUUGCUGGUUAUGGAACCAUUGAUCAUGUUCACUCUCAUGUCGAUGUUUACAAUUUCACGGCCAACUCAUGGGGAGGAACAUUUGAUAUGCCCAAAGAAAUGGCUCAUUCACACUUGGGUAUGGUAACUGAUGGCAGAUACAUUUAUGUUGUUACUGGCCAAUACGGUCCCCAGUGCCGGGGUCCUACUGCCCGCAAUUUUGUUCUUGACACCAAAACCAAGCAAUGGCAAGACUUGCCUCCUUUACCAGUCCCAAGAUAUGCGCCGGCAACACAGCUCUGGAGAGGCAGGCUUCAUGUAAUGGGUGGGAGCAAAGAGAAUCGGCAUACUCCAGGAUUAGAGCAUUGGAGUAUUGCUGUUAAAGAUGGAAAAGCUUUAGAAACGGAGUGGCGGACUGAGAUACCCAUUCCUCGUGGUGGACCUCACAGGGCCUGUGUUGUGUUUGAGGACCGACUUUAUGUCCUUGGUGGUCAAGAGGGUGAUUUUAUGGCUAAACCUGGAUCACCUAUUUUCAAGUGCUCACGUAGAAACGAGGUUGUGUAUGAUGAUGUUUACAUGUUAGAUGACGAUAUGACAUGGAAAGUGUUGCCUCCCAUGCCAAAGCCAGAUUCCCAUAUAGAGUUUGCUUGGGCUGUUGUCAACAGGUCUCUUGUGAUUGUUGGAGGAACUACUGAGAAGCACCCAAAUACCAAAAAGAUGACCCUCGUUGGAGAAAUACUCCAAUUUCAAUUUGAUACACAGACAUGGAAAGUUUUAGGCAAACUUCCUUACCGUGUAAAAACAACUCUUGUUGGCUUCUGGAACGGAUGGUUGUACUUCACAUCAGGACAAAGAGACAAAGGACCGGAUGAUCCAUCACCAAGGAAGGUCAUUGGAGAGAUGUGGAGAACUAAACUAAAGUUGUUAUGAGCUCAUAAUUUUACCUAAAAUUCCGCCUAAUAUAGAAAUGUUAGUGUAAAUUAAUGCAUGCAAGUGCCUUUUUUUUCCUUUCUUUUUGUUAUUCUUCUCCUUUUUUCUAUGUUUUCCAUGCAAUUUAUUUUGGUACAGCCUCAUUUAGCAUUGUUGGAAACAAAUUACCAAGUGGAGAGAGAGUGUGCAGUGUAUAUUCUUUUAGCUUCAAUUUUAACGUUGCAAGUAACUGAAGAAAUGCUUUACUCUUCAA